AUGGAAGGGGCACAAAACGAUCACGCCUCCAGGGUACAAGCUAUCCUUGCAGACAAGGAGGCACACGUCCAGAAGAUUCGCAAGCUCUUUAGCGAGUUCGGGGCGGACGAUGUUGUAACGUACGAGAUGUUUCGGGACAAGUUCAACACGCAGGCGGUGCAGGAAUACUUUGCUACAAUCGGCCUCGAGGUUCCUGACGCUUGGUCUCUGUUCAAGCUCCUGGAUAUGGACGGUGGCGGUGCUGUUGAAGUGGAAGAGUUUUUAGACGGAUGCUUGAGGUUGCGGGGCCAGGCAACCGCCUUAGAUGUUGGAAAGAUCAUCCACGAACAGGCCUGGCUUCUGAAGAACCAGGGCAAGUUCCAAGCUUUCGUGGAGGUGGAACUCAGGCAUGUGAAGAGACAGCUUGGCAGCAUCACCGGCAUCUUCACACCGGAGGCUUCCGAGGAUGCUCACGAAGAGCAUCACGAUGACCUGCAUCGCAAGGUCGGCGACACGUCCGACCUACUUCAGCGCAUGCGGCAGGAGCAUUCUGAGCAAGAGGCCGCCUUGUCCCACGCACAAACGGGCGCUUCACGGCAUCAGGAAGACCUCCACAAACUCGAGCGGAUUGCUUCAGUGCACCAGGGUCGGGUCCACACAGCCAACAUGGAGAUCGCGCACCUUGCAUCCAAGCUUGAGGAACUGCAGCUGCCCACAGAGAGCUUCUCGGAGGUCGGGCGGCUGCAGCAUGAGCUGCACUCGAGGGAAGAAGAGCUCGAGGUGUCGGCGAAGCUAACUUUGAGCAAGACCACGUCACACGUGAAGCACGCACUUAGGUUUUCCGCAGAGGAAAAAACCGAAGAAGCGCAGAGAUAUCCGACCCCUGGAAUAAUAUAUGACAAGGGCUCCCAGCUGUACCUACAAGAUCCAGCAUACUGGAAUUACUGGGAUCGUCCCAUCAAGCCAGGCUAUCCUGCAGAUGACUUCUUGGAAAGCAACGUAACAUCUCCGCCAAGCGUGUGGUGGGAACAACGCAGGUUAUGGCGCAACAAAUGGAAGCAGCUCGGCACCGGCGACGAGGGGAUGGCAACUUUCCCGUAUGACGGUCGACCGCCUCCGGGCUGGAACGGGCGAUGCGUCAGGGAGCCCGGGCUUCUGAAUGCAGACUGGGGGCGGCCAAAGCUCUGGUGGGAAUGGCUCGAAAAGCCGAACCUGGCUGCACUCAUUGCAGUCGCAGCAGCCAAAUCCAUGGUUGGUGACUUUGUCGGCAGCUUUUUUGACGAUGAGAAGCGCCCCGUCUUCAUGAUGUGCACAUUGCCAAUCAAGCUCGACUCCCCCAUUUCCGAGUACUGGAAAGAGGCAGGUCAAGCCGGCUUCGACUUGGAAAGUCCUCAAGCGCCGUGGCCCCGACGCGGAACCUUCCGCAGAGCCAAGGCCGAUCAAAAGGUGUAUGCCACCUGGGAUCAAGAGAAAUGGGUGGACGAACAUACGCUCCGACGUCCUACCAUCAAAGGUUUUCCGAAAGCUCUAACACCUGCUGGACUGGAGCGUGCUACGCCACGCUUCGAAGACAGGUUCGAGGACGUGAAUACAGGCCUACCUGAUCUGAACGAGUAUGUGGAGAGCCAGCGUGAAGAGAUGUUCGAAGAAGCAAGGAUGAAGGCCUUCGAUGGGAACUCGGGGGCAUUGGGUUCUAUAGCAGACACGCUGUCGAAAUCGCGCAACGACGAGAUCCUGGCGUUGAGAGGCUACAAGCGUUUGAUGAAGGCGGAGCCCGAGUGGCUCGACAAGUUCCUGGAAGGUGACGUUGAGAAGCAGGAUGCCCCAGUUGGAUAUGGAGUCGAUGAGCAGACUUUCGAGAUGGUGAAGGAGCCAAAGCAUCCGGUGUGGGAGCCCACACCGCCUCCGUGGCACCCCGGCGACAUUCUGAAGAAGAUUCCGAGUUUCGAAAAGAUCUGGGAUGAGCGCAUGAAACAAGCUCUGGGAGCUGCUGCGAAGUUUAGUCGCUUUUCUGGCCGGGCGGCUCGCGAAGCGCAAGACGACUUGGACCACCAGUGGCAAGAUCUCAGCAAGCCACCAGACAACUCGAUGAGAGGUCUCUUGAAGAGGGCCGAGGCUGAAGCCGAAGCUGAGCGAGCCGCCGAUCCACCCAUUGUGACGGCGGCGGACGAAGCAGAGGUCAGGAUGAAUGCAAUGGCGAGCGCCAAUGCGGCUGACACAGAGGGUGCAGCAGACGAUCCGGGCGAGCAGCUCGCUGCUGUGCCAGCUUCCUCUUCGAAAGGGGCCAACACCGAGAUUCCGGAGGCGCAGAAGAUGGAUGCCAAGGAGGCCAGCCUUCCCAGAACCACCACUGGCGUCACCAACGAUGGUACGCCGCCUAGCUACAACAAAUCUUCGGUGAAAAGAAGAGGACGCCUAUACAUCAAUCAACGGAUCACCCAAGGUGGACCCUGUGACGAUGAAGGCCAGUUCGGUCGCUGCAGAGAUGCUGUUCGCCACCGGACUUCUGACAGUGCCAAGAGCUUGGUCAUGGAACAGUGCUAUGAGCAGCUCGGCGAGAAAGUCGUGAGCUCUGUCCGGACGUCACUUCUUUCCAUCCGUGACUUCAAGAUGUUAACGAAGCACCACCUAUUUGAAGGAGCGGAGGCGAUGCCCCACCGCAGGAUUUGCCAACGGGCCUUCGUGCCCUGGGUGAGCAGUGCUCCAGGCUCCCGCUUCUUCGAACCGAUUUGUCCGGAUUUGUGGUUCGAUGUUCAGGGGGAGGAGUCCUCCCCUGCGAGCACCGUCUCCUCCUCGCAGCGAUGCCCUCGUGAACUGGGCGCGGCGAGCGGACGGAAAAGCUGCUUGCUGGUAAACUCUACACUUUGGGUCACGAGCCAUUCCCAGGUUUUUCGACGUUCGCGGUGUUUUGCCGACCCCGAUGAAUGCACGACUUCCGGAUUCCGCAGCGAUGUGGCCCGAUGGAUACCGCUGAGCAUGCCCCCUCUCACGGUGGAGUAUAUCAAGCAUGCGACCGGGGAGUUCGAUGAGGCGCUCGCGGCCAUCAAUCGCCGUGAGACUGUUGCGAACACUUGCUCGCAGGAAAGCGUAUUCCAGGCCAUCCUCCCCAACCGCUCGAUCACAAGGAUUGAGCAGCUUGCAAAGUGCUGUAACCUUCGAUGGUUGGAUCUGUCAAAGAACCAGAUUGUCCGCAUGGAGAACUUAGAUGGCUUGAGCCAGCUGGUUUCAGUUGACCUGUCCUUCAACAAGAUCUCGAAGGUUCAGGAUCUGAGCGGCACUCCCAAACUUGAGCGGUUGAUGCUCAAGGCCAAUCCGAUCUCCAAAAUCCAGGACUUGGAAGGUCUGAAGGCAUCACGCUCCUUGCGCCAUCUCUCCUUCCAGAAUGUGGACAAUUCUGAUGCCUGUCCAGUAUGCUCACUGCCAGAGUACGCCAAGAGUUUGCGGUCGCUUUGUCCCGAGCUGUUGGCCUUGGACUCGAAGCGACUACGACUACCAGACUUGGAUCGUGAGAUUCGACGGUUGGACGAGCAGAACGCUGUGGACAUACCCGAGCCACAGCCAUGGUUCUCGGCCGCGGAUUUGGACCUGGGUGAGAUGCAGACAGCGGAGGUCAUCGAGGAGGCGCUGAAGGAUCGCAUAGGAGAGUUCGAGGCAGCCAUGGCCGACUGCAAGCAAGUGUUCAGAGAGGCAGAAGAACUGCUUCGACUGCAGGAGGCUGGCUGA